CAAGAAUCAAGGUAAGCCACAGACGCCUUUACCUUGCAAUCUAUUCUCCAAGUAAAACCCGAGCGGCUCCAUGAAAAAGAAUCCAGCAGGACGGUGGCGUGGACAGGAAGGACGCAAUAUGGCAGUGAGGCCUCAGGAGGAAGGCGAGGGUGAGUUCUGCCCUUUUCAAUCACCACUGCCAUGCGAGGAUAUGAGGAAGGCACGGGCACGGACCCCGACCCCACCGACUUCCUGUACGUCUCAGAUGAACAGAAGGAGCGAGAUCUAAGCAGACCCUAUGAUCCAGACACGUCUUGCUGGAUCCCCGAUGAGAAGGAUGGGUUCAUCGAAGGGGAAAUCAUGGAAACCAAAGAAGACUCGUUUAUGGUGUGUUCUGGAACCGAGACUAAGGAAUGGAAAAAGGAUAUGGUUGAGUCCCUGAACCCGCCCAAGUUCGAAAAAUGCGAGGACAUGUCUGAGAUGAUCCACCUGAACAGCCCCUCCAUCUUACACAACUUGAAAUCUCGCUUCACCAGUAAGCUGAUCUACACCUACUCCGGCCCUUCGUGUAUCAUGAUCAACCCGUACAAGCGCUACCCCAUCUACACUGACAGUGUGAUAGAGAUUUACCAAGGAAAAAGGCGUAAUGAGGUGCCGCCUCAUCUGUUCGGCAUCUCCAACGACGCAUACUCAAGCAUGCUUCAAGACAAUGAGAACCAGUCGCUGUUGAUCACCGGUGAGUCCGGCGCCGGUAAGACGGAGAACGCUAAGAAGUUGGUGUCUUACUUUGCUAAAAAUGCUGCUUCAGCCUCUGAAAACACCGAGGAUAGCGAAAAACCCAGCCUGGCGGAUCGAAUCGGACACAGUAACAUCAUCCUGGAAGCUUUCGGUAACGCAAAGACAGCUCGCAACGACAACUCUUCCCGCUUCGGUAAAUUCAUGCGCAUUCACUUCGAUCGUAAUGGCAAGCUGACUGGGGCUGAUAUCGACGUCUUCCAGCUGGACAAGGGUCGUCUCCUCUUCCAGCAUUCCGCCGAUCGGUCCUUCCAUAUUUUCUAUCAGAUGAUGUCUAACCAGGUCAAGGAAAUCAGGUCGCUGUGUUCGCUGAGCGACGACAUUUACGACUACCAGUGCGUCACUCAGGGAACAGUCAGCGUGGCAACCAUCAAGGACAAGGACGACAUGCAAAUAUGUCACGAUGCCUUCGACAUCAUGGGCUUCAACCAGACAGAAAGGGACAACGUUUACAAGAUCACCGCUUCUGUCUUAAAUUUCGGGGAGAUGGCGUUCAAGCAGAAAGGGGAAGACCAAGCCGAACCUGACGGUACUGAGGCUGGCAGGGUCGCAGGGAAGCUCUUGGGCGUGGAGGGUGAGGAUCUAUUCAACUCAAUCAUUAAACCAAAAGUCAAGGUCGGAGCGGAAUUUGUGGUGAAGCCCGCCACCGUUGAGCAGUGCAUGAUCACGACGCGUACCAUGGCCAAGGCAAUCUACGAACGCGUCUUCAAGUGGCUGGCGACCAAAUGUAGCGCACUUCUCGAAAACGGCAACGAACCUGCUUUCUUCAUUGGCGCGCUCGACAUCUCCGGCUUCGAAAAUUUUGACAAUAACGGUUUCGAGCAGCUCUGCAUCAACUUCACCAAUGAGAAGUUCCAACAGUUCUACAAUUACUGCAACUUCGUGAAGGUGCAGGAGGAAUACAAGAAGGAAGGCAUCGAAUGGACACCACCAGAAGUCAACUUGGACUUGCAGCCCUCCAUAGAUUUCUUCGAGAAGAAAUUGGGCUUCAUGCCCAUCAUGGAUGAGGAGUCAAUGUCCCCGAAAGGAACUGAAAAAACCUUCCUCGAGAAGCUGAACGCAAACCACCUCGGCAAGACUCCGACGUUCAUCAAGCCCAAGCCUCCCAAGCCUGACCAGCCCGAGGCACACUUCGCCAUCGUGCACUACGCCGGGACCGUCAACUACGACCUGACUGGUUGGCUCGAGAAGAACAAAGAUCCCCUCAACGAAUCCACAGUCGACCUGCUAAAGACCUCUUCCAAUGAGCUGGUUGUCGCCAUCUUCACGGACCCUCCCCCUAAGCCCGCUGAGGCCGAGACUGAAGAGGCUAAGGAGGGAAAGGAGGCUAAGGAAGCUAAGGAAGCCAAGGAAGUUAAGGAAGUAAAAGUAAAAGGGAAGCCUCUAGCUAGAGGAAAGGGCGCAGCAAAAGGAAAGGACGCAGGAAAGGACUCGGCAAAGGAAGCAGAAGUCAUCUACAAGACAGCCUCUUCUGGAUACAGGGAGCAACUAAACAACUUGAUAAAGACUCUGAACGCUACACACCCCCGCUUCAUCCGCUGUAUUUUGCCCAACGAGACCAAGUCCCCAGGUGUUAUCGAUGCUACCUUUGUGCUGAAUCAGUUGAGCUGCAAUGGAGUGCUGGACGGCCUCCGCGUCGCCCGCACUACUUAUCCCAGCAAGAUGGCCUAUGCAGAAUUCAGGAAGCGGUAUAAAAUCUUCGCUGCAGUGGAGAUCGCCACCGUACCCGAAAAUAAAAAAUCUUCAAAGAAAUGUCUCGAAAAGUCAGGAUUAUCAAAGGAUUUAUUCCGUACUGGCAAAACAAAGGUAUACUUCAGUGAUGGCGGAAUAAACGCUCUGGAGGAACUCAGGGAGGAGCGCGUGAACAACUUGGUGGCGAUGCUGCAGGCGUGGAUCAGAGGCUUCGAAACCAGAAAAUCUUUUGCAAAACUGGAAGAAAAGCGACUUGCUCUUGUAGUAGUGCAGCGUAACCUGAGAAAGUAUAUUAGAAUACAUGCCUGGAAAUGGCAAGGCCUCCUCGAGAAUAUCAGACCGCUACUCAACAUUACCAAAAUCGAGGACGAAAUGAAGGUCCUUGCGGAAAAGACUGCCAAGGCAUUGGAUGAUCUAGAAAAGGAGACCAAGCUUCGUAAGAACCUUGAGAUAGAAAAUAUGAAGCUUCAGGAAGACAAGUAUGACCUGAUGGCGACGCUAGACUCAUCCAAAUCAGACAUAAAGGAAUUCCUCGAGAAGCAAGCCAAGCUGCAGUCACAGAAGACGGACCUCGAGAUGCAGCUGGAGGAUACAAACAAACUUUUACAAAAAGAAGAGGAAGGUCGCACGGCUGUAACUCAAACCAAGAAGAAGCUAGAGUACAAUUUGCACGAAAUCAGGCAGGACUUGGAUGACAUGGAGCUAGCGAUGCACAAAGCUCAACACGCGGAGGCUGCCAAGGAGCAAGUGAUCCAGGGUCUGAAGGAGGAAAUCAACAGCCAGGAAGAACUGAUUAAAAAGUUAAAGAAGGAAAAGAAACACUUACAGGAGAUGAACCAGAAAACAGCAGAGGACAACCAAAACAUCGAAGACAAAUGUACCCACCUCAACAUUCUCAAGGGAAAUCUGGAGACGCACCUUGAAAAACUAGAAGGUUUCUUAGACCAUGAAAAGAAACUCCGCAGCGCUGCCGAGAGAGAAAAGAGAAAAGCUGAGAGUGAUCUGAAGAUGAGCCAAGCGGCAGUGUCUGAGUUCAACCGAACCCGCAAGGAGCUGGAACAGGCCAUUGAUCGCAAAAAUAAAGAAGUGUCAGCCUUAACCAUCAAGGUGGAGGAGGAUUACCAACAGAUAACUAGGCUCUCCAAGCAAAUCAAGGAUAUGGAGAAGCGUCAGGAUGAGCAGGAUGCUGAAAUUCUUCAGGAGCGUCAGGGGCGCUCCGCCGCCGAGACAGCCAAGGUAGCCCUCACCCACGAAGUGACGGAGCUGAGUAACCGUCUGAGUGAAGCAUCAGCAGUCGCUACUGCGCAGAUGGAGAUGAAUAAGAAUAGGGAAGCGGAUGUUGCUAAGCUCCGUAAUGAUCUGAAGGAAAAAUCCAUCCAUUUUACGUCCACUCUCGCCCACCAGCAGAAAAAUCACAAGGAGGCACUGGAGGGAAUGGCGGAGCAAAUCGACGAUCUUAGCAGGACGAAGGCCAAGGUGGAGAACGAACGAGAGGUCUUGAGGAAGGAAGCAGACGCUGCCAAACACGCUAUGGACAGAAUGCUUCGCGAAGAGUCUGAGGCCGAGAAGAACAACAAACAACUACAGCAUCAGUUACUGGAGAUACAGACGAGGUACGACGACGCUGUCAGAUCACUCAGCGAUUAUGAAUCUAAUAAGAAGAAACUGGUGGCUGAGAACAAAGACCUUCUGAGGCAACUUGAGGACACAGAGAAGCAGGUGGAGAUCUUUUCCAAGCUGAAGAUGUCUCUCGAACACGACCUUCAUGAGACCAAAAUCGUCGCUGAUGAGCAACGGCAGCUAUACACCAUGAUGCUGGACAAGUACCACAACCUGGAGCACGACACUGGCAAGAUAAAGGAAAAGCUGGAUGAGGAAUGUGACAACGGCAAAAAUCUGCAGCGACUUAUUUCUAAAGCUUAUGACGAGGCGGCUAUGUGGCGCUCUAAGUAUGAAAUAGAGGGCGUUACCCGCGUCGAGGAAUUGGAAGCCUCUCGCCAGAAGCUGUCAUGUCGCUUGGAGGAAACGGAAGGCAAGAUUGAUCAACUUAAUGCAAAGAAUAUAAACCUAGAAAAAAUCAAACAACGGACGGCGGCGGAAUUGUUUGAGAUCCAGGGAGAGCUGCACCGCACCAAGGCCUUAGUGGAUGCCGCCGAGGAGAAACAGAAGAAUUUCGACAGUGCUGUCGAGGAGUGGAAGGUCAAAGUGGAUAACCUUACAAGCGAACUCGAAGCUUCACGUAAGGAGGUCCGGAAACAUGGUAGUGAGACCUCCCGAGUCAACGCACUUUAUAAAGAAACCUUGGUGCAAGUAGACUCACUGCGUGUGGAGAACAAAGGGCUCGCGCAAGAGGUCAAAAGUCUCAACGAAGAGGUCUCCAGCAAAACCGACGUUCUGCAUAAACUUCAAUUAGCAUUUAAACGCCUCAAGGGAGAGAAGGAUGGGUUGCAGGGUGAUCUGGAAGAUGCUGAGGCUGCCUUGGACCAAGAGGAGGUCAAGGUCCAACGUGGCCAGGUGGAGCUCAACCAGAUCAAGCAGGAGAUGGAACGCCGCGUCCAGGAGAAAGAAGAAGAGUUCGAAAAGAGCAGGAAGUUCUAUAUGAGCUCAGUAGACUCUCUGAGAGUGUCCUUAGAAACUGAAGUCAAAGACAAGGCCGAGGCGCUAUAUUUGAAGAAGAAGCUGGAAUCAGAGGUGCAACAACUACAGGGCACUAUUCAGCGCGCCAAGGAAGCCAACAACGACCUUCUGAAAGCUAAGGAAAGGGCGGAGAAAGAAAAUGAAGAACAGCAAGUCAGAUUAGAGGAAGCUGAGCACAUCAUUUCUCAGCAACGGGAACAAGUGAGCACCAUAGAGCGUCGCAUCGCCUCCUUGAUGGGCGAGUUGGAGGAGGCUCACACUCUCCUGGAACAGGCAGACCGUAGCCGCCGAAGUGCUGAUGUCAAUCUCACUGACGCUAACGACUACAUUCGUAAACUAACUGCAGAAAACGAAAACUUAACGUCCACAAAGGAAAGGUUGGAAGAAGAGCUUGUGUGUAUGCAGAAUGAAUUUGAAGACAUGAUUAAGGAGGCACGAGGUUCCGAUGACAAGGCUAAGAGAGUCGCAAUGGAGGCUGCUCGCCUGGGUGAGGAACUCCGAGGUGAGCAGGACAAUGCCAAAGCACAAGAGAAAUUGCGAAAGGAUCUAGAGGUGUCAUUAAGAGAGAUGCAGGCACGUCUGGAUGCUGACAGCAGCAAUCAAAAAGUGGGAAGAGCUGCUUUUGAAAAGAUGGAAGCCCGCGUCCAUGAUUUGGAAACUCAGCUGGAGCAAGAAACUAUUCGUUAUGCUGAGUCUCAGAAGAAUUUCAGGCGGAGCGAGAGGCGCGUCAAGGAACUUACUCUUAGGACAGAGGAAGACCAGAAGAACCACGAGAGCAUGCAAGAUCUUGUCGAUAAACUCCAGUCGAAAAUCAAGGGGUACAAACGACAAAUGGAGGAGGCUGAGGAGAUCGCCGCCCUGAAUCUCGCCAAGUACCGCAAGGCACAGCAGGAACUCGAGGAAUUUGAGGAAAAUGCAAGCCUUAGAUCAAAAGUUACACGGAUGGAAGCGCCCAGCGUAGUGGUUUAGGUAAGGGCCUCUUGUGUUCCUGGUGUUGUUCCCUAGAUGGGAUCAGCGUCAGCAAGGAAAGGACACGUGGCAUCCUUCCAUGGAGGCAACACAUUGAUUGAACCAAUCGACCAUAAGCUAUUUUACCCUAAAGCAACAGGUGAUCUAUCUUGAUUCUCUCUCAUCACUUUUGAAUUUCUCAACAUAUGUUAGCGUUAGGUGUACUAGAUUAGAUUCACAUGAGUAAAAUUUUCUUCCUGAUAAAACUGAGUUGUGCAGGCAAGUAUUCAUUAUGAUCUGAGCAGAUGCUACAUUCAUGGCCUUGUAGAAAUACCGUCACAUUAUAGCCACCUACUAUAAAGAUCAACAAAACAAAGGAUUUUCAUCAACACAGCUCUUUUCGAUGUUUUGAUGUAUGCAUAAGAGGAAGUAAUAAAUUUCUAUCUA